CACAGAGACCAGCAAAGAGAGGACUCACAAAGGACUUAACCUGUCUGAAGGAUUUUAUGAAUGAUCCCAAAAGAGAAGAACCUCUAGUUGGUUUAGAACAUGUGGUUGAAAUCAGAUUUGAAGGAAGAAAAGAGCCACAUUAUGAGUGCAGGCUGUGUGGGUUUCAUACAGAGAUGGCACCUAUGAUAGAACAUCUCAGUGGAUAUAAACACAGAAGAGCAUACAUCUCUAAAGAAUUUCCAGAUAAAAUGAAGAGAAAGACAACAGAUGUAAAAGAAUGUAAAGUCUCAUUCCUCAGACGGAUAGCAGGAGAGCUGGAAAAGACUGAAGGAUUAAAAAUGUAUAAGAUUGAAGGUUACGUAAGACCAAGUACAUCAUCUCCAGCAAAGAAGAAAGCAAGGUGGGAAGAUGAUUGUAAGCGUGAGAACGAUCCUGUUCGGAAACAGAAAGCUCUGGAGUUCUUGGAGACUUUCCACAUCACCUCAGACUCAGAAGCAACGCUUAUUGUUCGUAUUACACAGGAACUCACAGAAGCUUUGAAGGCCUUUUGUGAAAAGAAAGCAGCAACUGGAAGUCCCGCCAGUGGUAUCCGUGAAUGGCUGAGACUCUUCAGCCAAUCUGCUUCUGGUGGUAAUUCAGCUGGUGGAGCCUCCUCCUACGAGACGAGUCCAGUGAGCGAGUACUCAGCAGAAGGAAGAGGUGGCUCGAGGUGGAACGAGGACUCGAGGUGGAACCAGGACUUGCGGUGGAGCGAGGACUCGAGGUGGAACCUGGACUCUAGGUGUCAAGGAUUCAGGCAUCAGAAGUCAGGGUAUAAGAGUGACUGGAGUUCACAUCAGUACUCAUUUUCUAGCAGUGGUUCAUACAGAAGUUACCAGCAGUUCAGAAGCUCGGAUAAGAUGUCUGAUGAAGAUGCUGUUGGUCUUACUCCUAACGUUGUGAAUAGAGUACAAGGAAAGGAUACACCUACAAUGACCAGGAUGCUCAAACAGUUGGCUCCGUAUUAUCCAGCACUUCAAAAAAUAAAUAUUCAGACUUUGGUCAAUGUGCUGGUAGAGACUAGAGGAAAAGACUGA